GUUUCCAUAGAAACAUGUCUAACCACGGAACUGAGCGGGAGAACUCAAAUUAGCUUGUAAACAAAACAUUUAACGCACACGGUAAUACAUUUAUAGCUAUCUAGUUCGCUCAAAAUGUAUUACUUUGCGUGAUGUUGGCUAAUAUAAUUGAAUACUGUCAACGUAUAAUUAGCAAACCAGCUAUAGCUAGCCACAAUAUUUAUGCUAACAAGAGCUACAGUACAGUAACUAGUACUGUAUAGUUCCUAAAUUUUCCUGGCAGCUCUCACCUUGGAAAUAUCUUACUGUUAUCUGUCUGGCGUCCCCCAUCUCUUUCAUGUUCCGUGUGUUUUUACGAUGCAUUGACACUGUACAUGGCACUUCUGAUUGGUGUGCUUUCUAGCCAUGCAUGCUAAUGAUGGAGCAGACCUGGAUGCCCAGUUGGCAAGUAAGGAGAGAGAAUGGAAAGAGCUCCAGACUCUACGGUUCCAGCAGCAGGAGACAUCCCUUCGUGAUGCACAGGAACAGCUCUACCUCCUUAAGCAGCGCUUUCAACAGCUCAAGGAGGACUUCAGGUUCAACCUGAAUGUUUUGGAAGAGAGAGACAGAGAGCUGGAGAGAUAUGAUGCCAUGUCUGCACGUGCGCUGGUCACAGAGACUGCCAGGCAGGAGGAGGUCAGUCAGUUACGCAUCCAGGUGGCCAAGCUGCAGGAGGUGAAGGAGAGGGAGGCUGGGGAGAGGGAGGAGGAGAUUAGACGGAGCCAGCAGAGAGCUGCAGAACACAGGCUGCAGCUGGAGAGGCUUCAGAGCGCAUAUGCUGGUGACAUUGAGAAGCAGAGAGAGGAGUAUGAACAGAUGAAACGAAACCUUCAACGCCGGGUCCAGGAGGUAGAGGGAGAGCUGGCUCUACAGAAGCAGGAGAUGAUGACCGACUUUGAUAACGAACUGAGACGGAGAGAGCAUGAAUUCAAUCUGAGGAUGGAUGAGAUGAGGGCCGUGGUCCUUUCUCAUGAACUCAGGGUGAAGCUCGUUUCUAAGGAGACAGAGGUCCAGGUUAGGGCCCAUGCUCAGGCUGUAGAAGACCUGAACGCCUCGGAGGAGCUCCGUCAGCACACACUCUCACAGCUACAGCACAGAGACUGGGAGAUCAAGGACAUCGCAGCUGUCAAGGACUCAAGGAUCAAAGAGCUUGAGGAUCAAUUAAAAGCCCUGCAGACUAAGAGGAAGAGGGAGGAGGAAGUCUAUAAGAAGAAACAUGAGGACUUGGACCGGGCAGUGCGUGAGAGAGAGGCUCGGCUGGAUGCAUUACAGGAAGCUCAUAUGGAACAAUCACGUCAGGCGGAAGGUCACGCCACUCAGCUACAGUCACAACUGGACGCCAUGACAACGCACACACGACGGACCCAGAGAGAACAUGAGGACACGCUGAGAGAGAGAGAUGAACAGAUGGAUCGGCUUCGUACGGAGCUGGAGACGACUCGCUGUGGCUGGGACACGUACAUCUCUCAGGUCUCUAAGGAGACAGUUGUCAAGGACACCGAGCUGAUGGCCCUGCAAGAGAGAGAGAGCAAACUACGGACUGAAUUAGAUAGGAGUAGGGGGGAAACGGAGAGGUACAAGCAGCAGUUGAGUGAGAGUUUAGAGCGAGAGAAGGCUCUGGAGCAGAGAAGAGUCCAGGUGGAGAUAGAAUGGCAGAGACGCUGUGAAGACAGCAAGGCUGAACACUACCUGAACAGUGAAGCCUUAAUACAGGGUCUGACCCAGGCCAGAGACCAGGCUACUGCUGAGCUGAGAGAGAAGCAGAGAGAACUACAGGAUAUGUCCAUACUAUUACACACUGUUACCAUGGAGAGAAACAAAGCCCUGGGUCGGCCAGUCAAGGAACAGAUCCAGAGGUGUGGUGGUGAUGGCGGAAACCUAGGGGAGCUCCCAUCUGAUGAGAUCAGUCGACUGCAGCAGCAGAACAACGGUCUGAGGUCUGUCAUAGCCCAGAUGAGGAAGGACAUGGAGGAGCUCAGCCAGGCUUAUCAUCCUCCAGUGCCCUCUGACACCUCCACCCAGCUCCCUAAAGGACAGUUACCUCAGCCUCCAGCACAGAGCUCAGCCCAACUCACAGACAGUGGUCCAGUGCCCAGCCUAGCAAUGGCAGGUACCCCAGACUACGCCCAGGCUCUAGAGGAGGAGGUAGCAGUGUUGAAGGCCAGGUGUAGGUGUUUAGAGGACCAGCUAGAGGACGCUACCCGACUCCUCAACACCACCACCGUUACCCCGGCCCCUACACUCGCCCCCGUCGCCCCCGACAACGCAUACCUCCAGAACCACAUCCGCUACCUCAACGAAACCAUUGGUGGUCUGCGUGUGGAGAAGGUGGCCAACACUGCAGCUCUGAGGAAACAGGAGGUCAGGGUCGCUCACCUGGAGGCUGCACUGGCCUCACUCACACAACAGUGUCACACCAAACAAAUGGAAGGGGAGGAGCUGCGUCUGGAGCUUGCCAAUCAGAAACGCAAAUGGUCCUCUGAGGAGACAAGCCUCCGUCAGCGUCUGGUUGCCAUGGAGAUGGAGCUGGAGGAAGUGAGGCAGGAGAAAGAGGAGUACCAGAAAGGAAGUAUCCUAAACAACCUGGAAAGUGUUGCUCUGGGCAACCAGGUGUCUGCACUGAAGCUGAACAUCGCCAGCAGGACUGAGCCCAUUAUCUGUGAAGAGAGUAAGAUGGUGAGACACCUCCGGGAGGAGAACCUCUGUUUGAGGCAACACCAGCUGACGGCGGGCCUAAGGCCCGGUGGGUGGGGGGGGUACGGGCCUGAGGGAGGGGUAAAUGGGGGUAACCUGGGUGCUCCUCUCAGUGGCCAUAUCCUUCAGUCCAAGCUGAGGCAAGCUGUGCGCUGUAUCGGCCGUCUGACCAGGGACAAACAGCAGCUGAUUGAGAUGGGCAACAGGCUCCGGGCUCAGCUGGCUGAUGCCGGGCUGGAAGUUGUUCAAUCUGCUACCACACCCUCCCUGGCCCCAGAGUCUAUGGAGCCAGAGAGAGACUCCACCAGAAACACCCAGGCCCAACCGGGCAAGCAGAACCAACCAGGUCGACUCUCUGCCCUAGAACAACUGCAGUACCAGCUCACCAAACAGGAGCUGCAGUAUGCCCAGAGAGAUCAGACGAAGGGGGCUCCUGUCCUGGUGAGAACUGUCCUCUCAGACAGAGAUGGAGUCACUAACCCCUGGAGCCGGGUACACAAGGACACUAACUCACAUGAGGUUCCUGGGAUUAAGGAGAAUUCCCCUGUACCUCUCAGCCCAUCACAGAGCUCCCUGCAGCUGGACCUCGGGCCAGGAACUCCCUCUAGCCCGUCUGGUCCUCCACUCCAGUCAUCGGUGGAGACAGAGGGCUCACUGAGGGACGUGUGGCAGAUGCUGGAUCAUGGCCUCAGCCCCUCCAUACUAACAUCCAGGGAGAGCUGCUCUGAAACAGGUGAUGCUGAGCUGGCCAGGCGUGAGUUGAGUGAACCCAGCACAGAGGGCCAGGGGAGGGGAAUACCAGGAUUCAGAGCACCGUUCCCGGAGAGGAACAAACCCACCAGGCUUCCCCCCACUAACAUGGCCAGGAAAACCAAGGUUACUGCAAGGGGGGCCAGGAUCAGGAACUACAAUGUCAAAGACUGAUGGAAACCUUCUGGCUGGCCAACAGAAUUCACCACAGUUGUUUUUUUGUUGUUUCCUUCCUUCCUACAUUCAAAUGUUGCAUAUGAAUACUUGAGUUAUUCAGCAAAUGUCAACAGUAGGUAGAAAUGAAUUGGAAUUUGAGUGCUAUGAGUGCUACAGUGCUACAACACUAUGUGGUGCAGAAGGUUAUACGUUUUGUGUGGGGAGUGCCUGGCUGGUUCUGCUGUAGUCUAGCCAGUAUUUUGUCUUAGCAAGACAAAAUAGAAGAACCAAUGGCACCCAGGCUAGGUAGAUACAUUUACUGCCUGCCCACUGCUCAUGCCAGGGAACCACGUGGCCUUACACCUUAGGAGGAGAGGAUAUGUUGGUGUUCCAACAGUGCUUCCUCUUAAUGAUGCUCCCGCUUGUUUUUACCCGAUCAUGACAAUUUACAUACUAAGGAUAGAUGUUGAUUUUCUAAGACAUUAUGUGAUUUUCCCCAAUAAAACAUUGAUAACAUUUCUAUUUUUUCAUUAUUGACAUUGAAAUGUGUGAAACCAAACCAGACUUAAUGCACCCUUGGCUAAAA